AUGAAUCUUUUUCAGGGGGCUUGGGUUCUACCGAUCGGCUUAUUCGCCAUAUCUAUUGGAUUUUGGGAGUCAUGGGUGUCAGAGAAACAUACUGGAACCACAUUUCACGAGCUCUAUCAGGUCAAAUAUGGCCUGAGGAAGCUGAACAUCUCGACCCGUCUGAUGAUAGCUGUCGUUCGUAUCCUUGUUGUUCUUUCUGUGAUGAUCUAUGCAGCGAAAGGAAGGGUCAAGCCAUAUCUAUUUUUCAACGUUCUCACUUCGU